AUGGCAAAGGUAUUCGAUGCGGCUGAAGUCGCAAAGCACAACACUCGGGAGAGUUGCUGGGUGGUGCUAUACGGAAAAGUCUAUGAUGUGACCGAUUUCCUGUCAAGUCACCCCGGUGGAGCCAAGAUCAUUCUAAAGUUGGCAGGCAAGGAUGCCACCGAGGAAUAUGAUCCAAUUCACCCCCCGGGCAUCUUAGAGGAAGAACUCAAGCCAGAGCAAUGCAUUGGAACCGUGGAUAUAGGCACCUUGCCCAAGGAUGAGGCCCCGGUUGAGACGCAGGAGCCGGCGCAAGGACCACCGCCCAUGGAGACCCUUCUCAAUCUGGAUGAAAUCGAGGAGGUUGCCACCAAGCAGGUCACUAAGAAGGCAUGGGCAUACUACUGGUCAGCUGCCGAUGACAAAUUCUCCAAAAAAUUCAACAACGAAGCCUAUCGAUCAAUUCUCCUCCGACCAAGAGUGUUUAGGGACUGUGAGCGAUGUGAUUUUUCGAGCACCGUGUUGGGUCAUAAACUGGGGAUGCCACUAUAUGUGUCCCCUGCUGCCAUGGCCCGUCUCGGUCAUCCGGCGGGCGAGGCAGGAAUCGCAGAGGCCUGCCGCAGCUUUGGUGCGAUGCAAAUCAUUUCCAACAAUGCAUCAAUGACCCCAGAACAGAUCGUCAAGGACGCGGCGCCGGACCAAGUAUUUGGAUGGCAGUUGUAUGUUCAAAUUGAUCGGAAGAAGAGCGCGGCCAUGUUGGCGCGAAUCAACAAACUUAAGGCAAUCAAGUUCAUUGUCUUGACUUUGGACACCCCAGUCCCGGGAAAGCGCGAAGACGACGAGCGAAGCAGCAUGGUGGGAGCACCGGCACCAGGUGCAGUGAAGGAGGCUGACAGGUCGAAGGGUACUCCUGAUGUUUCCGAAGCAUCAGGAGGCGUGGGGAAAACUCUUUUUGCUGGCACGGACCCGACCUUGACCUGGCGCGAGAGUUUGCCUUGGUUGGCUGAACACACUGACCUGCCUAUUGUUCUCAAGGGUUUGCAAACACACGAGGAUGCCUACCUUGCAUCAUUACACGCCCCGCAAGUCAAGGGAAUUAUUCUUUCUAACCAUGGUGGACGAGCUUUGGACACAGCACCGCCAGCAGUACACACUCUGCUAGAGAUUCGCAAAUACUGUCCAGAGGUCUUCGACAAAAUCGAAGUAUAUGUCGAUGGUGGAAUCCGUCGCGGUACUGAUAUCGUCAAGGCGCUUUGCCUGGGCGCCAAAGCGGUGGGCAUUGGGCGUGCUGCUCUCUGGGGACUAGGAGCCGGUGGUGUAGACGGUGUCCGUCGAGUAUUGCAGAUUCUGUCGGAUGAAAGUCAGACAUGCAUGCGCUUGCUUGGAGUGGAAACGGUGGACGCCCUCGGACCUCAAUACAUCAACACUCGCAUGACUGAACAGCAGAUCUUCGACGGGCCUUCAGGUCUAGAAUCGUUACGGCGUGAUUUCCGAGCGAGACUUUAG